AUGUCGGACGCGCCUGCGCGCGUCUCUCCCCCGCUUGACCCCAACGGGUCAUCAGGCGCUCUUCUGGAUACCGAGCCGGACGCACAGAUACUAGAGGCUCUGCGGGGAAAGGAUCGCAUAUAUGUGCUGAAGCUGGGGGAACAAAUGGAGGCAUUGAUCAAGGAUCGUAGAGUGAGAAUCGACCUCACACCCUCCACUUCGUACCAGCGGUUACUCGUACAUCGAUGUUCCGCAUAUUACAGGCUCUCCCCCGAAGCAGAUGCUGCCACAAAGAACAUCAUCGUUUAUUACCGCACAGAGAGUCGGAUCCCUCCUCGACGUAUAUGCGAGCUGAUUCCGGCGGAGGAGUCGGCACAGCCGACUAUCCAAAUCAUGCGGCGUCCUCGAGGACGUCAAUAUUCCCAGCCAGGUUCAACCGCGGGCGAGGACGCGGAUACCUCCGAUGUCGACGCAUCAGAAGCCGGUAGCAUCGGGAGCCGCGGCCACGUUCCGGGGGCGGCGGGGAAGCGAUUCAAGACUAUAGAGGAGCGCGAGGCUGCGUACAACGAGGCGCGCUCGAGGAUCUUCAUGGGUUUUGAGGACAAAGAUAAAGAAAAGGAGAAGGACAUGAGUGCGAACUCGUCUACCUUCAGUCUGGUGUCGGGCUCGGGCUCGACAAGUGGCGGACGCGGUAGCAGCAUCGGGGACCUCGAUGACUCGGCCAGCUCUGUUCCCACAGAGAGCGAGUGGUCGGGGCCCGUGACUCGGGACAAGAGGGAUAGUCGCAAGGGGGCCGGAUCCACGACGUCGUCCAGGUCGAUCAGGUCGUCCGGUCCUUCGUUCACCAAUGGGUCCAGCAGCUCACGCAACUCGCGGGCCACAUCGCCUUCGUUCACCUACCCGACGCUGUAUGAUCCUGCCACAGCGCCUCCCUUCGAUCAGUCGCAGUAUGGGAGUAUGCCUCCUCCCGCGGGGUACGUCUCCCCUUACGGGUAUCCCACGUACACUCCUGGCCAGCCCUUUAUGGGGCCGUACUACUAUCCCCCGUAUAGCUAUCCACAGCCACCUACACACCAUUCCGAGCCCGCAACCCCUGGAGGCGUAGAGCCGAUGUACCCUCAACCGACUCCUUCACAACAACCUGCAUACACUCCUCCGUACGUGUGGUCGAACCCGCCGCCCGCUGGCCAACCGCCCAUUCAUCCCCAGCACCUACACCACGGUCAACCUGGUGCAGUCCCGACUCACCCAGACGUUCAUUCGCAAGCACAUCCAAUGCCGCCCAUGCAGAAUGUCUCCCAAUAUCCUCCUUACACCCCUAGCCCGCCGGUAUAUGGUUAUGGCAUGCCUGCCUACUACCCUCAACCAUACCAACAAGGCGUCCCUAUGGCCCCACCACCGUCAAUCCCUGGACCUGUCUAUCACCAUAAUCCCGUUCCGGAGCCUAUGGGCGCUAACGGCAAUCACUCUAACGGGAUCGACUUCUCCAGGACAUCGUCGCGGAACAGCAACGGUCACGGGAGCAUGAACAGCAAACGCGGAGGUGCUCGCGGGCGCGGAUCCUGGUCGUAUGGGCCUGGCGUGAGUACUAGCGGUUACACUUUCAACUCCCCCAGUGCGAUGAAUGGCAUUGGUGGCAAUGAUGCGUAUGGACCGCGUCUAAGCAGUAACGUUCGAAGAGCUUCGGGCACGUCCAGCAGCGGUGGCAGCGCUGGUGCCCGAACGCCUGCCGAUGAAACUGCCUCCACAGCGUCGUCGUCAACGACAUCCUCCUCUUCCCGGCGGACGUUCACGUCUACAUCUACUUCAUCAAAGCACCCGCUUCCCGCGCGUCCUGACUGGGCCGUCGGCCUGAAGCCGCAACAUCCGCGCCACCACGACUCGUCUCCUGCAAGAAUGGGCUCCACGCACCUUCCACAGCCGCAUCAAUCACAGCCCGUGCUGCAGCCCAACGACUUCCCUCCGCUGUCAUCGGGGCCCUCCAAUCGCCAACCUGUCGUGGGCGGUGCGUGGACCAAUGCAUCAACCUCGCGGGUCAUGAUGCCUGGACCGCAGGGCACCGUCCCUCAGGGAACGGCGCUGGUGCACUACCCUGCGUCGCAGCAGAGCAGCCCGCAGAUUCCCGCCUCCAGCGGACGCUUUGACGAGCAGGAUCUGUCGUUCGAGCGCCCGCUCUCGAAGAACGCGGACCUCUUCAACCCCAAGGGCGGGCUGCGGAGUGCCGGCGGUGGUGUACCCUCUAACGGUCGCGCCAAGGGUCAAGGAGAGGGAGGGCUUGCCGGGCUCUCCGACAAGCUGGGGGCUCUGGGAAUGGAGGACUGCGAGUCUCGUUCGGCCGAGGUCGCUGGCCAGGACAGCUACUUCCCGUCCGUGGUCGCAGGAGAGGUCGCGGGGGGCGUGCCCGCCGGGGAGCCCGCGGCUGCCUCGUCAUAA